AUGCCGAAUAAUAACACUAUAACUAUUGAUCAUUUAACAAAUGUUCUUGGAACUUAUGGCGGAAGGGAUAAAGCAUUGCGAUCAAUGGCAUUCUAUUUACAAUUGAGAAGUACAGCGAGUCAAAAUCAAUCCAAAGAAUUAUUGGCGUUGGCAAAACAAAUGAGUUCGGCUCGAUUGGUUCUUCGACAAUUUAAUCAUCCAAGUAUGUUCAAAGCUUGUCGAAAUGUGAUUGCUGCAUUAAAAAGUGGAAGAAUUGGAGAUCCUGUUGAAUUUUUCACUGGUUCUGCUGUCACAAUUAUUUAUACAUUUUAUGGAAUACUUGAGAUGAUCGCCUGGCUUUCUGAUGCUAAGAUUUUGAGUUUUGAUGCUGCGAGAUUAUAUCGAUAUUGUCUUUAUUUAUGGUUAUUGGCUUUGAUAAAUGGGAUUAUUCGACAAAUUCGUAUUAUAUCAAAUAAAGGAAUUGAAAAAUCCAAAGAAGAUUUGUUGACUUUGGUUGGUCUCAGUUCGGAUUUCAUCAGCGGUUUCAAUUCCUUGCCUUUCAAAAUUCUUUGGGCCGGAAAGUUAUCAUUGCGACAAUCCGCCACAUUUUCCCUUAUCGCUUCAAUCAUCGGAUUUUAUAAAUUGUGGUGA